UGUAAAUAAAGAUUUUAAAUAAAUGCUGUUAAUAAAAUUGUAAAGAAAAGUUAAAUUUAUAUUAAUUAUGUUAAUAAGUGAGUAUACAAAUCGAGAUGAGAUACUAUUGGAAGCAUCGAAAGAGCUACGAAAGCAUGAGAUUAAAAUUAGAUGUGAAAAACAUCAAAAACACUUGGAAAAUAAGCGUCGAAUGAAUAAAAAGAUGUUUAAAAUUCAAUUAAAUCAUCAGGCUGUUGAUAAUGCAUUAUUCAGUAAUGGACAAUGUUCAGCAGUCCCACGUUUUGUGCUCCAAGCAUGCCAGAAAAUACAAAAGGAGAGCAAAACGGAAGGAAUUUUUCGCAAAACUGGAAGUGUCAAAAAGCAACAGGAAAUAAAAGAUUACUUAGAGAACGGAGGAUCAUUGAAUGAUAAGCACUUCAAUGUAAUUGACAUAGCAAAUUUAUUAAAAAAGUAUUUUCGAGAGCUGCCUGAACCGUUGAUUCCACAAGGAACGAUUCAAGAUACGUUAAUCAAGUCCUUGAUUUAUUGUACAAAAUAUGAGGACAAAGUUGAAGCUCUACUGAUGACUUGCAUGUUCCUGUCACCAAUAGCCGUUAAUACACUGGCAUAUUUUCUACAAUUCCUUGAAGUCAUCAUAAAGCACUCGUCAGAAAACUUUAUGACACUUGAUAAUUUAGUCAAAGUUUUAACACCAACAAUCAUGCCACUUCCAUUAAAUGCUCCAGAGAAACGCUUACAGUCACAUUUUAAAGUCCUGGAAUUGCUCAUUGAAAAUGCCAAUUUAAUUGGUGUCAUUCCUGACAGAAUGAUUAAACGAGACGAUUUAAAUGCUGUUCCAAUGACAGACGAUCGUAAAAAGAAGAAGCAACGUCGCAGUGGGUCCUUAAAUCGAGUCUUUACCAAUAUCAAAAAGAAGCUUGUUGGGACUCUGGGGUCAUCUGAAAGUCUCGACAAGUCGCAUGAAAAUACGAUUGAGGAUAUAACGAUGAUGACACCAAAUGUCACAAAGUCUACUAAGAAACGUCGAUUGGAGAAACUUGAUGUGCUGGCCUUUAGUUCCAAGAAAAAGAAAGACCCAAUACCAAUGAUGUUAACAUCACUGCCUGAAAUAGACGAUUCGCCAUAUGCUCAAAGGAAACCUGAAAAUAAAAACAGCUUAGGGGAAGUAAAUCAGUCAAAUGUAUCGCCAAAGGUACGACGUCAUAGUUUGGCACCAAAUACGCUUACGAGAAAUAAACAAGUUGUACCUUUACAGGAGAACAAAACUAAUGAGACAGUACUUAAUCGUCGAUAUGAAGAAUAUGUGCGAGUUCCAAAAAGUGAAUAUGAAGCAUUCAAGACACGAUUAAAUUGCAUUGAGACAAAAAUAACGCACGAGUUUAAUAUAGUCAAACUUAAUUCAGUUAAAGCUGAAUUGGGCAAGAAAAAAUUUAAUGGACCACAGCAAGUUGAAAAUAAAUUUCAUGAGACUUUGCAUGAAGUUGAAAAGAUUGGUGAUUCAGAACGAAAAACUGAACAGCUUGCAAAACGUCUAAGUCGUGAAUUAAAGAUUCGUCCACAGCUUGAAAAUCCAGUCAUUCGAUCACCAAGUGCACGUAAAAUUGGAAGUUUACGAAGACGUCAAGAGAAAACCACGAGAUUAUCUCGUACUCAGUCAUGGCAUUUAGGUCCAUCUGCCUUAAAUCCAAAAGUUGAAGAAAGUCCAGAGAAAAAUAAGACUUUGACCUCAUCAUUAAGUUUCUAUCCAAAACCAACUUUAAAACGAGCACGUUUAGUCGAUUCUGGACUUAUUCAAGAAACAAAGACACUGCCAAUAAUUCCACAGUCAAUAGAAAAAGUUAAGCCUGAAAAACCAGCCAGAAAGUCAAUAAGCUUAAAUGUUAAUCAAAUUGCAUCAGAAGUUUGGAUGCCUGCAACGGAUUUUUUCAACAAUACAAAAAGUAUUUCAAGUAAUGAGAAUGAAAACAAAGUACCGGACAUAAUGUUUAAGACACCAAAUCGACCGAAUAGGAAAUUUACUGUUGCUAAUGAAUUUGACAUGAACAAGACUCCAAUGCUGCCACCGAAAAUAACUCCCAACCGGAAGUACACACCAAUGAGCGAUAAAAAAACACCGUCAACGAAUAGAACAAUGAUGUUAACUCCAUCAAUGAGCAAUGAAUCACGCGAAGGACGAGCCUCUAUUAUUCAAAUAAGAAAUCAAAAUGCUGGCAUGGUCGCUCAAAAGGCGAAAUUAUUUGAUGACUUGUCUGCUGACUUGACAAAAAGUGUCGAUCGAUCAAUUAAAAUUCCUCGUGUCAUAAUUAAUAAAAAACUUGAGAAUAUAAAGAAUAUGAAUAUGGAUAUGACACAAAAUCAAGUGUCAUCGAAUUCGACACAUAGUCCACGAAGAAGUUCAAGAUCGCCUGGUAUAAAUCGUCGAAUGAAUUUAAGGAUAUCAACUCAAUCUCCUGUACUUAAAACAAUUAAGGAAAAUGCUACUGACAACCGUAGCAAUAGAGUGAAUCUGCUUAAAUCGGAUGUCCUUAAUGAAAUUGCAUCGCCAAGAAACCGAAAAGUUUUGUCACAAAGCAACACGCCACGACGAAACAGCAAGACACCGAAAAAAUCAAGUACAAAAAAGCACCGAACGCCUCGUUCUUCGUCUAAAAAGUCCAUGCGACGACAUCAAAUCUCGUUCGAUUAAUUAAUUAAGUUUUUUUAACAUGUCUAUUUGAUUAACCUUAGACUGUAGCUUGGAUAUAAAUCCAAUAACAUAUAUUUAAUUAGAUUAUAUUCGAUUCCAUAUAGAACAGAUUUUUAUCUAUCCUUUAAGUAAUUUCUCAUGAUUUUGUUAUAUAAUCAGUUCUGUAUAUCUGCUGCUUUUAAUCUAAUCAUAGCAUUUUAUUUUUUUUUGCCUUCUUUUAAAUGCCAUAUCUAUGUUGAGAAUGUAACAACAAUAAUGAG